AUGACAUUCCUCCUGAAUGAAUGGACACAGUCGCCAAUACUGCAGAUGAAGUUUACGCGAGAAGGUCCAGAGACAGCUCACGCACGAAACCGUUUGAAGCUUCCAGAAUCAAGAACGAAGGACGGAAUCAAGAACGAUGGCAUGGCCGAAGCACAGCAGGGAAUCGAAAAAGAAGAACGUGGAAGACGGCGCGCGGGCCCUUCUGGUGUCAAGUGGACGACCAACGACUUAGAAUAUACUACAUAG